AUCGAUGAGUACCUAUAUUUUAGGAAACACAUGUUCCCUACUUGCUCUCUCAGACCUAAACAUCAUUACCUUAGCCACUACCCAGAGCUCAUUAUUCAUUUUGGACCACUCAUCCGUUUGUGGACAUUAAGAUUCGAAAGUAAGCACAUGUAUUUAAAACAGUGUGUAAGAAAACUACAUAACUUUAAAAAUCUGUGCUUUACUCUCUCAGAAAGACAUCAGCUUCUGCAGGCGUUUCUUCAUGCUGGUGAGCUCUUCCCUCCUGCUAUUGUAGCAGAAAAGGCAACAGAGUUUGUGGUGAGUGACUACAAUGAUGUCAUAAGAGAGUCUGUAUCUGGAUAUGAUUUUCAGCCUGAAAAUUCUUUGGUUUCUCAUGAGGCAACUGUGAAAGGCACAACAUACAAAAAAAACAUGUAUGUUGUCAUUCAUGAAACUGAUGAGGGGCUUAUUGUGGGGAGGAUUGUGAUGACAGUCAUAAACAAUACUUCAGUGUACUUCAUCACAGAACUUUUCCAAACUUACAGUAUCCCUGACAUGGGUGUUCAUUGCUUGACACCAAUGAAUGGAUCCUACUCUUGUGUUAAUCAGAAUGACCUUCUGGAUUAUUAUCCAUUGUCAAAGUACACAGUGUUUGAUAUGUCUGUAAUAGUUCUUCAUCAUUCUUUUGUCUCAAUUUAAAGCAAUGUCCGCCUUGGUGGGAGAACUGAGGGAAAUCAUCCUCAGGGCUUUGCCGUCAAAUGAUGAGAACACCACACAGCUUUUGAUUGACAAACUUGUAGGCUCGGGAUUGGAAUCCAAAAAUGAUCUUCAGUUUGUUCAACAAGAAGACAUCAGUGACAUACUACCAACUAUAAAACUCAGAAAACUUCUCAAUGCUUUUAAAAUGGAGUCAGAAACUGUCACUUUGGAUCUCACCACUAUGCAGCACACUCCUUCCUUAUCAGCUGGGAGCUCCUCACCACAGCCAUGCUCUUCUAAUAUGUUGGUAACUACUGAUGGAGAAUCAAGCAGUCUUGAAAACAGUCGACCAUCUACAUCCCAUUUUAGGAAAUCGUGGUCAAAUACCUUUCAGGUACCAUGGCAGCUCAUGCCUGCAGAAAUUCAGUCUGCUCUCUCUUCUGGGAAGAGACCUUCACCACCAGCAAGACGACAAAUGGUCAGGGUGCUUGCAGAUGAUAUGAGAAAAUUUGAGCCAACACCAACACGUGCACAGUGUCUUACUAUUUGUAAAGCGAUUGUCCAUCAAUAUCCCCAGAGCUUUGCGGAUCAACUUCAUGAUGGCCGAGUUGUAGGGGAAGGUUACAGCUCACUUUUGGCCCAGAUCAAGAAUAGAAUUGAUAACCUCAGCCGGGCCACUAGCUUCCGACAGCACCGGUCAGCUGGCAGUGGUCUUAAAAGAGGACCCACUGACACAUAUGGUUGCACCCGGUUUCAGCCUGAUCUUCCUUUAGAUGAGACCGAUGUCUCCUUUGAGACUAAACGUCAGAAGCUGGAGGAUCUAUUCUGUCAAGAAGGUGCAAAGGCAGCUGAGAAAGCUGAGGUAGAAAAACUGAUGGAGACAACUUUCUGCCUGCAACGGAGCCAAAUAAAUAGUGUGCCAGCACCUUCUGUUGCGGAGUUGAUGGAAAAGUGGCCAUACCUCUUUUUUCAGAAAGGCCUGUUCGCCCAUUUGAGCUGCUCACUGACAUUAAUGUCCUGCGUGCACUUGAACUUUCUAUGGAGGAGUGUGGAAAGAGCAUCUUAGAGUUUUUUAAAAGCAAGCCUACCAACUCAGAAGUCAAGUCAAUCCUUUCCAAAGAUGAACCCAUUGAUUCAUCAUACCAAAUUGUUCAACUCCUAAUGGCUCACUUCAUGGAAAAGCAAGAUGGACUCAUUCUUCAAGAAAAUGUAAGUUUAUCUUUAGUUCUUACA